AUGACACAAGGAGAGCGAUCGGAACCCCGCCCUGAACCUCUUUCGACGGUACCGUUCCCGCGCGACCCAGACUUUGUUGGCCGCAAUGGACUUCUCGACCAAAUUCACGAGAAAGCAUCGAUAGCGGGAUCUAGACUGGCUCUCGUUGGUCUCGGCGGCGUUGGGUUAGAGCAACAUGUACAUGCAAGUAACGUGGCCCGCUGCGAGAAAAGUCUCCGAGAUCUCGCCGAUCGAGCCAAGAUUCCUGGGAGCCAGGACCGCAACGCGAAUAUAUUCCAAGUCGUCGGCCACUGGUUACAGGACGGAAAAAUCGGAAAAUGGAUUCUUGUCCUUGAUAACGUCGAUGACGACGAGCUCCUUCGCAAAUCAUCAGCGGUCGGGACCGAUGGCCAGAUAAAUACGCACAGCGGUACUUCGACACAACCACUACUGAGGUAUCUUUUCGAUAGCUUUAACGGGUCCAUCAUUGUCACUAGCCGGAAUCGAGCGGUGGCGCUGAACGUCGCCAGUCAUAAGAACAUUAUCGAAUUGCAACCAAUGAAUCAAACCGAAGGGCUUGAUCUACUGCAGAAGAAACUAAGCAUACCGACAGAGCAGGAAAUUAUAGUGCGUUUGGCUCGGGAGCUUGAGUUUAUGCCACUCGCAAUCGUCCAAGCCGCCGGCUAUAUUACACACCGAUCACCGCGUUGUUCAGUAUCGCAAUACCUCGAGAAAAUCCAGAAAGGUGACCGAGAGGCAGCACGAGUACUAAAUGACGAGGCCGGGCUCCUUUACCGAGACUGGGAGGCAAAGAACUCUAUUCUGCUCACAUGGCAAAUAUCAUUUGAUUAUAUUCGCUGGAAAAGGCCUUCUGCGACUGAUCUGCUCUCCCUAAUGAGCUUCUUCAACUGGCAAGGAAUCACCGAGGAUGUCCUUCGGGUUGACCAGAAUCAGAAACGCGGCAGGCAUUUCACUCUCGAGCAGCUAGAGGACAGUUUAAGCGAACAGGACACGGACAAUGAGUCUAAUGGUGCCGCUAACACCGAUUUCGACAAAGAUAUUACAAUCCUCUGUGACUUUUCAUUGAUAGCGGUCGGAGAAGACAGCAUGUCUUUCACAAUGCACCGGCUGGUGCAGCUAACCGUGCGCACCUGGCUCAAAGCCCAUGGCCAACUUGAAUAUUGGAAGGGGCUUUUUAUCAAAAAUCUAUCACUCCUCGGUGCGGAGAACGAGGAGGCGCUUGAUAGCACUACAAUGUUAGCAGGAGCAUACCGAUUAGUCGGUCGGUGGGAGGAGGCCGAGCAGCUCUACUUACAGGUCCUGGAGACUUGUAAGACGAAGCUCAGCGCGGACCAUCCCUCUACGCUGUCGAGCAUGGCCAACCUAGCGUCAACGUAUAGGAACCAGGGCCGGUGGGACGAGGCCGAGCAGCUCGAGGUGCAGGUCCUGGAGACUCGCAGGACGAAGCUCGGCAAGGACCAUCCCUCCACGCUGACUAGUAUGGCCAACCUAGCGUCGACGUAUAGGAACCAGGGCAGGUGGGACGAGGCGGAGCAGCUCUUGAUGCAUGUCCUGGAGACUCGCAAAAUAAAGUUCGGCGCAGACCAUCCUGACACGCUGACGAGCAUGGCCAACCUAGCGUCGACGUAUAGGGACCAGGGCCGGUGGGACGAGGCCGAGCAGAUUGACUUGCAGGUCCUGAAGACAUGCAGGACGAAGCUCGGUGCAGACCAUCCUGACACGCUGACUAGUAUGGCCAACCUAGCAUCGACGUACAGGAAUCAGGGCCGGUGGGACGAGGCCGAGCAGCUCGAGGUGCAGGCCCUGGAGACUCGGAGGACGAAGCUUGGCAAGGACCAUCCUUCCACGCUGACUAGCAUGGCCAACCUAGCGUCAACGUAUAGGAACCAGGGCCGGUGGGACAAGGCCGAGCAGCUCGACAUGCAGGCCCUGGAGACUCGCAGAACGACGCUCGGUGCAGAUCAUCCUGACACGCUGACGAGUAUGGCCAACCUUGCGUCGACGUAUAGGAAUCAGGGCCAGUGGGACGAGGCCGAGCAGCUCUUGGUACAGGUCCUAGAAAUAAGCAAAACGAAGCUCGGCGCGGACCAUCCUGACACGCUGAAGAUCAUGGCCAACCUAGCAUCGUCAUUCUGGUACCAGGGCCGGUGGGAGAAGACGGAGCAGCUCUUGGUGCAGGUCCUGGAGAUAUGCAGGACGAAGCUCGGCGUAGACCAUUCUUCCACGCUGACUAGCAUGGCCAACCUAGCGUCGACGUAUAGGAAGCAGGGCCGCUGGGACGAGGCAGAGCAGCUCGAGGUGCAGGUCCUGGAGACAAGUAAGUCGAAGCUCGGGGCGGACCAUCCUGACACGCUGACGAGCAUGGCCAAUCUUGCUUCCACAUUCGAAGCUACUGGUCGUCGUCCUGCAGCGAUCGAUUUGCUUCGAAGCUGCGUUACCAAGCAGCAACGCAUCCUAGGUCCUGCUCAUCCCGAAACAGUCUCUAAUUCUGACAUCCUGCUGGCCUGGGAGGCUGGGGAGGUGACUAUCGAGAAUUGA